UUGACUCGCUCUUGGAGUCAGCCUCAAGUGGCCGUUUGAGGAACUGCAGAUUUUGACACUUCAACCUUGAGUUAAUUUCUUUCUAAAUAGUAUUAACAACUGCAAGCUUUGAAAUCCUAAAUAACCUAACUUAGAAACACUAACUGUCUGAUGUGAGCUUCAGUAGCAGCUUUGAAUGCUUGAUCCUGUGGACACAUUUCCAUCAGUACCAACAAAACGACCUCGGUCUGAUCCCCAGUUCCACUUUUACUCGACUCCUGUCCAGGACGGUUACCCUGGAUGCGCUCUCACCACUUUCCUUGCUGUCUCUUUCUGUCUCUUUAAGUGUUGAAGGCUUCUGUGUGGGUGUUGGUGAUAUUGUGUUAGAGUGCUGCACUGAUGUUUCUGUAAUGCAAUCAGUGUUUCCUGUCAGAGAGAGAGAGAGAGAGAGAGAGAGGAGGGUGAAGGAAGGAGGGAGGAAAGUGAAGAGAGAGGCAGGAGAUGAGAGAGGCUCUGAAUGACACCCGCUGCAUUCUCCAGCUUGUGAACUCAGAAAUUUGCAUACAGCAUGCCUUCAAAGGACACAGAAUGUAGUGAACAUCCAGCCCAUUCACACCGCUUCUUACGUAGCUCCGUGAAAACGAUGCGUUUCUCUGAGAUGCAUGGUUUCAUGUUGGAUUUUUGGCACAGGAAAAUCACAACUGUGCCAGUCGUACACUUCGCACUCGGUGAUGUCACGACUGUGUGGGAGUGUUGGAUGGAGGGAGGGAGUCGUGCGAACACGUGGAUGUAUUGAAACAUAUUGUAUGCAUGGAUGGGGCUCGGAGAAACCACUCUGAGCCAAACUGAAGGCUGCCGGAGCCCUCGUGCCGCCUGAGAGUGGAGGCAGAGCAUCAUCACGGCAGCAGCGAGGAGAGAGCGAGAAAGGAGGAAAAAAAAGGGGGGGGGGAGGAAGGAAGGGAGGGAGGAGUGAAUGCGAGAGGGAUCUGGAAAGGAGGACAGAGAGCCAAGAGACAGAGAAGAAGAGAGACGUGGAGUUGCCAAGCUCCUCUGCCGGCUCCAGAGGCGGUGAGUUGUUGUUGUUGUUGUUCUUGUCCGGGGGUCAAGAUGAGCAGCCCCUGUCUGCUGCGCGCCGCCCCCAUCAGCCAACCCCGGCUCAGAGAGGUCAAGAUCAGCCUGAAGGCCAGCAGCAGGGAGACCGCCGCCGUCCGGACUGCAAGCGGCGGGUCCAAGGAGGCUGCCGGCCGGAACUACACCCCGGUUGAGAAAGAGACGCCCGCGAGGGUCGGAUUGAGCAGCAGCAGCCGGAGCAGGAGCACCCCGCCGGUCCACAGGGCCCAAAGCAGGAAGAACCAGAGGGGAAGCGGCGGCAUCAAGCAUCCGGAGCCGGAGCACCACCCGGAGAGGAAUGGCACCCUCCUCCACGUCCCGAUGGCCUCCACGCCGGCCGGGCUCUCCCCUUUCUCCUCGUCCUCCUCCUCUUCUUCCUCCUGCACCCCCAGACGUCAGCGGGCCUCUCACCCUCACCCUCCUCCCCCAGCCGCCCCGAUCCUCUCCUCCUCCUCCUCCUCCUCCUCGGCCAAGAGUAUGAAGCGAGCGCGCUGGCUGAGUUACAGCACCUCCAACAUCUCCUUCAACUCCAUCCUGGACGGGCGCUUCAGGCAGCUGCAAGAUGAGCGCGAGGCGGUUCAGAAGAAGACCUUCACUAAAUGGGUCAACUCCAUCCUGUCCCGGGUCGGCUGUCGCAUCUCUGACCUGUACUUGGACCUGCGGGAUGGACGGAUGCUCAUUAAACUGCUGGAGGUGCUGUCUGGGGAGCGACUGCCAAAACCCACUAAAGGCCGGAUGCGAAUCCACUGUUUGGAGAACGUGGACAAGGCGCUACAGUUCCUCAAAGAGCAGAGGGUCCAUCUGGAGAACAUGGGCUCCCACGAUAUCGUCGACGGCAACCAUCGCCUCAUCCUCGGACUCAUUUGGACCAUCAUCCUGCGUUUCCAGAUCCAGGACAUCGUCGUGGAAACGGGCCAGGCAGACCAGAAGGAGACGCGCUCAGCCAAGGAUGCUCUUCUUCUGUGGUGUCAGAUGAAAACUGCAGGAUACCCCAAUGUCAACAUCACAAACUUCACCACCAGCUGGAAAGAUGGCAUGGCCUUCAACGCUCUCAUACACAAACACCGGCCAGAUCUGCUGGACUAUAACAGGCUGAAGAGGUCCAACCCGACCCACAACCUCCAGAACGCGUUCAAUGUGGCAGAGCAGAAGCUUGGUGUGACCAAACUCUUAGACCCAGAAGAUGUGUUCACUGAGAACCCCGACGAGAAGUCCAUCAUCACGUACGUUGUGGCAUUUUACCACUACUUCUCGAAGAUGAAGCAGCUUGCUGUUGAGGGCAAAAGAGUUGGGAAGGUCCUGGAUCACGCCAUCGAAACGGAGAAGAUGAUCGAUAAAUACGAGACUCUGGCAUCAGACCUGCUGACGUGGAUCGAGCAAACCAUCAUCGUGCUGAACAACCGCAAACUUGCCAACUCUUUGACGGGAGUCCAGCAGCAGCUUCAGGCCUUUAACACCUACCGAACUGUAGAGAAGCCGCCCAAGUUCCAGGAGAAAGGCAACCUGGAGGUGCUGCUGUUUACCAUCCAGAGUCGUAUGAGGGCCAACAAUCAGAGGGUUUACACGCCUAAAGAGGGAGCCCUGGUUGCAGAUAUUAACAGGGCCUGGGAGCGUCUGGAAAGGGCGGAGCAUGAGCGGGAGCGAGUCCUGAGAGACGAGCUGAUCAGACAGGAGAAGCUGGAGCAGAUGGCGAGAAGAUUCGACAGGAAGGCGGCCAUGAGGGAGACCUGGCUCCUGGAGAACCAGAGACUUGUGGCUCAGGAUAACUUUGGCUAUGACCUGCCAGCAGUGGAAGCAGCGAAGAAGAAACACGAUGCCAUUGAGACGGACAUUGCAGCAUAUGAGGAACGUGUUAAGGCCUUGGUGAACAUCUCCAAGGAGCUGGAGUCUGAGCGUUACCACGAUGCCAAACGGAUCGACGUUCGCAAAGACAACAUCCUGCGUCUUUGGGACUAUUUGCAGGAGCUGCUGAAGGCUCGAAGAGGGCGUCUGGAUAAGAACCUGACCCUGCAGAGGAUCUUCCAGGAGAUGCUGCACAUCAUCAGCUGGAUGGAUGACAUGAAGGCUCGGCUACUGUCUCCUGACUUUGGGAAACACUUGCUGGAAGUAGAAGACUUGUUGCAAAAACAUGCUCUGGUGGAGAACGACAUCGCUCUGCAGGCCGAGAGAGUACAGAGCGCCAGCGCUUCUGCUCUCAAGUUCGCCAACGGAGAUAGCUAUAAGCCGUGUGAUCCCCAAGUGAUCCGGGACAGAGUCCAGCACCUGGACCUGUGCUACCAGGAGCUUUGCGCUCUGGCUGCCCAGCGAAGAGCCCGCCUGGAGCAGUCUCGCCUCUUCUGGAACUUCCUGUGGGAGGUGACGGAGCUGGAGAGCUGGAUCAGGGAGAAGGAGCACAUCUUCUCCUCCAUGGACUACGGCAAGGACCUGACGAGCGUUUUGGUGCUCCAGAGCAAACACAGCGCCUUUGAGGAUGAGCUCGGAGCUCGCCGAGCCAACCUGGAGCAGCUCUUAGGUGAGGGGGAGAAGAUGAUCCAGGCCAAACACUUUGGCUCCCCGAAGGUUCAGGAGAGCAUGGACGACAUCCGGAGGCAGUGGCAGCAGCUGGAGGAACUGGCUGCGUUUCGAAAGCAGAACCUCCAGGAUACCCAGACGUUCUUCCAGUUUCAGGGAGAUGCUGAUGAGCUCAAGGCCUGGCUGCUGGACGCCAAGAGGCAGAUGAGCAGCGACGACGUCGGCCACGAUGAAUACACAACUCAGCGGCUACUGAAAAAGCACAACAACCUGAAAAAUGAAGCGAUCAAGAACGGAGCCACGAUUGACGCUCUGUCCAAACAGGCCAACGGACUGCCAGAGGAGCUACAGAACACCCCUGAUAUCCAGAGACGACUGAAAGACAUCAAGGACCUUUACAUGGAGCUCAUGUCUCUGGCUGACCUGAGACAGAAGAAGCUGGAUGACACUAUGGCUCUGUACACCAUCUUCAGUGAGACGGACGCAUGCGAACUCUGGAUGGGCCAGAAGGAGACGUGGUUGGUGGGUUUGGAGGUGCCGGAGAAGCUGGAGGAUCUGGAAGUUGUUCAGAACAGGUUAAGCAUUUUAGCUCAAGAUAUGGCAAAUGUUCAGUCAAGAGUGGAUGACGUCAACAAAGCUGUGAAGCAGCUCGAGGACAGCAGACACCCUCGCACCAAAGAGGUCAAGGAUUGUCAGACGAGACUGAACAAGAGGUGGGAGGCGUUUAAGGCCAUGGUGGAGGACAAGAAGAGGAAAACAGAUUCUGCUGUUAGUCUGCAGAACUAUGGGCUGGAAUGUGACGAGACAGAAGCUUGGAUCAAAGACAAGACUCGAGUGAUUGAGUCCACACAGGACUUGGGCAAUGACCUGGCAGCGGUGAUGACAAUCCAGAGGAAGCUGUUCGGCAUGGAGAGAGAUUUAGCCGCCAUCAACACCAAACUCACCUUCCUGAGGAAAGAGGCCGACCAGCUGGCCCAGGACCACCCGGAGAGUGCUGCAGACAUCUUGGCUCGAAGAGGAGAGCUGGACGAUGCCUGGGACACGCUCAGAAAGACCCUGAAAGACCGGGAGGAUUCCUUGGGCGAAGUCAGCAAGUUGCAGACCUUCCUCCAAGACAUGGAUGACUUCCAAUCCUGGCUUUUCAAGACCCAGAAAGCCGUGGCGUCUGAAGAAAUGCCCGCUACGCUGCCAGAGGCCGAGGAGCAGCUGAGCCUUCACGACGCCGUGCGUGAAGACAUAAACAACCGCGAAGAGGACUACCAUCGUGUUAGGGACACCGGUGCUCAGGUCACCCAGGGUCAGGAGGACGAUCCUCAGUACCAGCAGCUGCUCCAGAGGCUAAACGGUAUGGACCGCGGCUGGUAUGAACUCCAGAAGAUGUGGGACAGUCGCAAGAACUUCCUGGACCAGGGUCUGGGCUUCCAGCAGUUCAUGAGGGACGGUAAAGCUGUGGAGGCCAUACUCAACAACCAGGAGUACACCUUGGCCCACAUAGACAAACCUGACACUCUGGACGGAGCAGAGAAGGCUCUGAAGAAGCAUGAGGACUUUGUGAGCACCAUGGAGGCCAACGUGGAUAAGAUCGAUGGCGCUGUGCAGGGCGGACAGCGUCUGGUGGACAGCAACAACCUGUACUCUGGGAAAGUUCAGGAGAAGAUGGACUCAAUCAAGGACAGGCAUAACAAGAAUAAAAGAAGAGCUGAGGAGGUGUCUGAAAAGCUCAGAGAUAACCGUGACCUGCAGCACUUCCUGCAAAACACUCAAGAUCUGACUGUGUGGAUCAAUGAGAAGAUGCUGACGGCACAGGACACGUCGUACGAUGAGGCCAGAAACCUCCACAGCAAAUGGCUCAAACAUCAGGCCUUUAUGGCCGAGCUGGCCUCCAACAAGGACUGGCUCAACAAAGUAGACCAGGAGGGUCAGGAGCUCAUGGAGUCCAAGCCUGAGUUCGAGCCUAUUGUGAAGGAGCGUCUGGCUAAGCUCCAUGAGCUGUGGGACAAACUGGAGUCCACCACCCAGGAGAAGGCUCGCCUGCUGUUCGAUGCCAACCGCUCGGAGCUUUUCGACCAGAGCCAGGCCGACAUGAAGAAGUGGCUCGGUGAGCUGCAGCAGCAGUUACAGAGCGGAGACGAGGACGUUAAAGACCUGACCAACGCCAACAUCCUGCUCAAAAAGCAUCAGAUGACAGAGAACCAGGUCCGUGACCGGGCGAGGGAGCUGGAGGAGCUCCAGGAGGCCGUUAGGAAGCACGGCGGAGGCAGGGAGGACCAGCCGGAGCUGGAGGCCGAGCAGCAGGCCCUGCAGAGGGAAUUCCAGCAGCUGCUCACACCGCUGGCCCAGCGCAAGGGCAAGCUGGAGGCCGCCAAGGCUGUGCAUCAGUUCUACAGAGACCUGGCUGAUGAACUUCUCUGGAUUGAAGAAAGGAUGCCCCUGGCAAUGUCACAAGAGCAUGGCCACAAUCUUCAGACUGUGGAAAUGCUGUCGAAGAAGAACCAGACGCUGCAGAGGGAGAUCGAGGGCCACCAGCCUCGCGUUGACGAAGUGCUCGAGCGAGGGAGGAGGAUGGCAUCUGCCGCCAGCGCGGAGGGCAGGCCGGAGGCUGAGCGAAUCACGGAGCAGCUGAAGGAGCUGGAGGAGGCGUGGGCCCGGCUGCAGGACGAGAUGGCCAAGCGCCGGGAGAGGCUGAACGGCUCCAACUUGGCCCAGCAGUACUACAACGACGCAGACGAGGCCGAAGCCUGGAUAGGGGAGCAGGAGCUGUACAUGAUCGCUGAUGAGAAGGCCAAGGAUGAACAAAGUGCCAUGCUGAUGCUGAAGCGCCACAUGAUCCUGAAGCAGGCGGUGGAAGACUAUUCCGACUCCAUUCAGAAGCUGGCUGACCGCGCCCAUAAGAUGUUUGCAGAGGACCAUCCGGAUGGGGAGGAGAUCAUCAGGCGGCAGGGCCAGGUGGAUAAGCAGUACGCCGGUCUGAAGGAGCUGGCAGAGGACCGCAGGAAGAAGCUGGACCACACCUACCAUCACUUCCUGCUGAGCCGAGAGGUGGAGGACCUGGAGCAGUGGAUCGCAGAGAGGGACGUGGUGGCCUCGUCUCAGGAGAUGGGCCAGGACCUGGACCAUGUCACGCUUCUGAGGGAUAAAUUCAGAGACUUUACGCGCGAGACGGGGAUGGCAGGCCAGGAGAGAGUGGACAUGGUCAACCAGACGAUAGACGAGCUGAUCGAAGCCGGGCACACCGAGGCGGCCGCCAUGGCAGAGUGGAAGGACGGCAUCAAUGAGAGCUGGGCUGAUCUGCUGGAGCUCAUCGACACUCGAGCUCAGCUGCUCACGGCUUCUUACGAACUGCUCAAAUACUUCGAUGAUGGAAAGGAGCUGGUGGCUCAGAUCCACGAGAAGCAGAACGAGCUGCCCGAAGAUGUGGGCGAGGACUUCAGCAAAGCAGAGUCCUUCCACAGAAUGCACGCCGCCUUUGAGAGAGACAUCAGCGCUCUGGGCAAACAGGUUCAACAGUUCCAGGAGACGGCUUCAAGGCUUCAUGCCCAGUAUGCAGGCGACAGAGCUGACGCCAUCCAGGCCACAGAGCGGGAGGUGGUGGAGGCCUGGAAGGGGCUGCUGGACGCCAGCGACGGCCGCCGAGCCCAACUGGUGGACACGGCGGAGAAGUUCCGCUUCUUCACGAUGGUGAGAGACCUGAUGGCCUGGAUGGAGAGCAUCAUCCAGCAGAUAGAGACUCAGGAGAAGCCGAGGGAUGUCUCAUCCGUGGAGCUCCUGCAGAAGUACCACCAGGGGAUCCGCUCUGAGAUUGAAACCAGGGGAGCCAAAUUCACUGACUGCACAGACCUCGGGAAGGCCCUGCUGACACGCAAGCACCGCGACUCCGCUGAGAUCAAAGAGAAGCUGGUGCAGCUGAUGGACAAAAGGAAGGAGAUGAUGUUCAAGUGGGACGACAGAUGGGACUGGCUGCGGCUCUUGUUGGAGGUGUGCCAGUUUGCGCGGGACGCCUCGGUGGCGGAGGCCUGGCUGGUCGCUCAGGAGCCCUACGUGACCAGCAGAGAUCUGGGUCAGACCGUGGACGAGGUGGAGAAACUCCUCAAGAGGCACGAGGCCUUCGAGAAAUCCACCGCCACUUGGGAGGAGCGAUUUUCAGCACUGGAGCGCCUCACUACGCUGGAGUUGCUGGAGUUGAGGAAGCAGCAGCAGGAGAUGGAGCAGUUCAUUAAAGAGGAGCAACGUUCAGAUAAAGACAGCAGGAGAGAAGAUACCGGCUUUGUAGAAGAAUCUUCACAGCUCUACACUAUUGAGGAGCAGACUCUGUCUGGAACGGUGGAGCCCAGUUCAGGUCUGCAGGAGGGGACGGCCGGCGACUCCACGGUGCCCAUAGUGUCGGAAAUAAGAGAGAGCGCCUCUUUGGAGCUGGAGCCGGAGCCUUCUCUCUCAUCGGUGACCCCUAAAGAGCCAGAGAGGGCAGCCACCAUGCCCAUGGAGUCCCUCAGAGCGCAGACGGUGCUGCAGCAGGGCAUGCUGGGACGCAAACAUGAUGUGGAAGGAUCCGGAAAGAAGGCCUCAAAUAGGUCAUGGAACAACCUGUACUGUGUCCUGAAGCCGGGUCAGCUCUCAGCCUAUAAGGAUGCUAAAAGCUUCGACCAUGGAGUGACGUAUCAUGGCGAGGACCCUCUAUCUCUCAAUAACGCCAGCUGGGAGAUGCUCACCACCUACAAGAAAAAGAAGCACGUCGCCAAACUACGUCUUGCAGACGGCAGUGAAUACUUGUUCCAGUGUAAAGAUGAGGAGGAGCUCCAGCGUUGGAGCCAGGCCAUGGAGAAGGCUGUGCAGUCCCUGGCAGCGGAGGAGGCGUCGGGGCCCUCAGGGGCCAAAGCCCACAGCCUGCCCCCACCCUCCUCCUCAGCUGCCCUCCCUGAGCCCAGCUCUGCCAAGAAAGACAAGGAGAAGAAGUUCAGUCGCUUUGCCAAGAAGAAAUAAAAGGAGAUGGCGGGGAGGGCGGUAGUUGCCUAGGCAACCUGGAAGGAGAAAGUCGCAUUUGUGUACAAUCAGUCAGAAGCGAGCUUUUUAAAUCACCAGAUUUUUUUAUAUUCUUUUGUGAGAAUUAAAUAUUGUAGUUUAGGUUAAAGCCACCACUCUUUCGCCUGUAUUUAAGCCUGUGUAUGCCUACAAAAAGGUCCACUUUUUUUUUUUUCUUUUGUGUUCUUUUUAACAGAUGCCAAAUUCAAAGCAUUAAAUUAAAGCACAGGAAUGCUCCUUUCACACUCAACCAAAGAAUGUUUGUAAUACUUUUUGUUAACUUAGCUGCAUUAUUUUUCUGCGUUUCAGUAAGGCAUGCUUUGAUAUAGCUGUGUACAAUAUGAAGGCCUGUAAUGAAAAUAGGGUGACUCAAGAGUACUGAAGGGUACUUGUACUAAUCUGCCUUAUAAAAAUGGUUGUGAACUGUAAUACUGUGCUGUUUGAAUUUGGAGCACUAAAUGCUACUUCUAGAGCCCAGAGUGAAUUUAAUGAUCUUUGAAAAGCUUUGUAAAUGCCGUGUAAAGAUUUGAUGAUGACUAAACCGUAGUGCAGUGCUGUACAGUGCAGACACACACCAUGUGUAAUUGCAGUUAUGCAAACUAAACGCUCUAUGCACUGUGAAGGGUCUGACUGUUGAGAUUUUUAAUUGGUUGCUGACGACGUGCGAGCAGCCAUGAGACACUGCAAGCAGUUGGUUCUGAAUAUGGAUCCUUUCAGGCUGUAUUCUCAGCUGAACUGUGGCAGUAUUUAUUUCUGUGAACUUGAAAUAUAUUCAACACUUGUGUAUUAAACUCUUAAUUUCAUAUCUAUUCAUUAACAUAUAUACAUAUACAGUAUAUAUAUCUCCAGAUGCAUGAAGUAUGUUUUAUCUUAGUUUGAUAUGGUGCUAUUGUGACAUUCUUGAAAUUUCAAGCAAGACCAACUUGACCUGCCUUAUUUGUCUUCAACUUUGGCUUGGAGUACUACACAUGUGGAAAUGCGUUCAGUUAGUAUAUCUGAGGGGUGUUUCAUCAAGGUGGUUUAGAAAAGCAACAACACAACCAGGAUUAAUCUGUUUGCCCAAUUAAGUCUGGACAAACAAACCCAUCGAACAAAACUAACAAUGAAAAAAAUGUUUACGGGCAAAGAGCAGCACAUGUUACCAGAUUGCAGAAAUGAUAAAAAAACAACAACAACAAAACAACGCUUUUAGCAGAACAAAAAGCCAAUUCUGUCACAGUGUUGUUGGUCAGUGGUGAGGAUGUCUCGGUUAAUUGCAGGGCUCUUCUUGUAAUUCUGACUUUGUGGGCUCAAGUCCCAUGUGAGGGACGUCGUUACUUGUAUAGCAAAUGUAAAAAAAAUGAAUGUGCAUCUGCAAAAACUAUGAAAGAACUUAAAUAAUUAGUAAGACCACAGCUAGGUAAUUUAUUUCAACACAUUACAAGAAGAUAAUUAGCAUAUUUUAGAAACUAAGUUAUCGAUUUGCUUCUUAAGUUUUGUGUGACAGUUGGAGAGAGAAGGAAUUGCAAAUGGGCCACAGUUGUUUUUACUUUAUUUUAAUAGCAAUGUAUUUAAAGUCUGACUAAAAGUAAGACCAAGAUGGCAUCGAUUCAUACUUCAAGUAUGCAAAAAGUGCAGCACAAAAUCGCUCAAUCAAAAACACUAAACGAUUGCAAAGACACGUAAAAUGACCACAAAACAACUCCAGAGACAGAGAAUGACUACAGGGAGGUGCAAAACCGUGACAGAAAACAAAGGGAUGUAAAAAUGAUCCCAGCCAAAAGCAGAACUGCCACAAAACAACUACAGUGACAAAGAUUCACUACAAGGAGGUGCAAAAGAACUGCAAAGAUGCAAAGUUACACAGCGACACAAAACAACUGCGGAAGGUCGUAAAAAAAUAAACAACUCGAAGCAAAAAUACAACAAAAGAUCAUAUAGUGCCAGAAAACAGCUGCAAAUUAAUGUAAAAACUCCGCAAAACUACAAAGACAGAAAAUGACUACAAAAUAAAAACAGAUCUUUAAAAAAAAUGCGACAACCAGAAGCAAAAAACAACCACAAACCAACUACAGAAAUGGGAAAUGAGGUGCAAAACAAUGAUACAAACCAACUACAAACUUUCAAACGCUUGUUUUGCAUCUUUUUUUAGUCUAUAAAUCUUAUUGUAUUGUGUGAGGAGUGUCUGUGCCCAGGAGCCCAGAAUUAAACCUCCUUUAUGAAAUAAAUAGUAGCCAUGAAAUAAGCCGAAAUUAACUGGCAAUCCUCACAUUGUGAAACACCCCUCUGGUUGCUAGUUUUUAACCUUCUUGACGACUUAAUACAAAUGUUUAAAUUUAUAAAUCAGGUGCUCUCAUUUGUAAAAGCAUAUUUAAAAACCAGCCAAAGUCUAGGACAAGCUGAGGGUCGGAUGAAUCUUGACUGCUUUUCCAAAACCACACAACAGGACCAGGCACACACUCUGUCUAAGGCCAGGAUCAUACAGUAGCAGUACGGAACUGAGGGGAUGUGUCUUUGAUAUGAAUGUAAGGGAAGGAAUAAUGAGGAGAUUCUCGAACAGAAUUCGGCAUUUUAAAUCCAUACAUGCAAAGUAAAGUGCAUGGAAUUGCAUUUAUAGAUAAUAAUUUCUCUCUCACAGUCUCCCACUGCCGUCUUUGCCUUGUACUGUGGGCUCAAGUGACCUCAAUAAAACGAUGGAAGUGUCGAAAGACAAACGAGACUGUUCAGCUCAGGAGUUUUCCAGGUAAUGUGGUAGCAUCGUGAUGAUCUCUGUCUAGAUUAUCUACUAUAAUUAGCAAAUCUACAAUCUUGUCGUCUAAACAGAAAUUAGAAAAGUUUCCGAGUGCGAGCAGAACGUCAUGUCUGUGCUACUAGUAUCAACAGCCAUAUGUUUCUGAUAUAAACAUACCUUGAAAUGGUUUGACAAACUUGCAUCACAUGUAUUCAGUCUUGUUUUUCUGAUUUUUUAUUUUUGGGUCACUAUAUCUCCAGAUUGUGACACUUCAGCUCAUCCACUUUGGUUUUAUUCCACCACUUCUUCCCUUCCUUCCGACUUGCCUUUUUCUGUUCAGUGGUUUUUAAAUCUGCAUUUUGUACUCUCUAGCUAUGUAAAAUAUCCCUAAAAAAAUGUUGACCGAAAACAUCGAAUACAUUUUGAGAGAAUAAAGUUUAAUUUUAAACUCCUGAAAGUA